UAGAUUCCAAAAGUGUAGAGAGCUAAAGACUUAUGAAAAAGAUAACUUUGCUCAGUUUUUAAUGUCUGUUGGUAGACCUGAUGUAUGUUUUGACCGUAAUUAAAGACAGUUUGCUCAAGGGCCUGUGUUGCUUUUUAAAUAAAAUUAUAGAAUGUAGCAUUUAAAAUGUUGAGCAACAUAGUAUAAGGUGCUUUUUAAAUAAAAUUAUAGAAUGUAGUUUUUUGAAUAAAAUUAUAGGAUGUAGCAUCUAAAAUGUUGAGCAACAUAGUUAUAAGGUUUGUUCACAGGUGGACCAAAAAAAAAAUUGGAAAAAAAUUACUGAUUGCAGAGCUAAAUGCUGGUCCUGAGGAAACUGAAAGUCUCUGGGUUUUGUUGCAGGUGCUGCCGGUGUGAAAGAUGAGGCUGCACGAGAGCCGGACAAGACCCUUCCAGGCUCCUGCCACUGUGCACACCUUCCCCGGCAGGCAGGUGUUCGUGUUCCCCAGUGGCCGCUCCGACUCGGAAGAGUCCUCGGAGGAGGAGCUCAACGUGAUGGAAUUGCGGCCCCGGGGCAAGGAGCAGCAGCGGGGCAGCGCCGCCCGGGGCAGGCCGGGGGACGUGGUGCUCCUGGAGAGGGAGCUCACCGAGGAGGACAGCCUCAACAAGCUGGCCCUGCAGUACGGCUGUAAGGUUGCAGAUAUCAAACGCGUCAACAACUUCAUCCGGGAGCAGGAUCUGUACGCGCUGAAGUCCAUCAAGAUCCCGGUGCGGCCGCACGGGCUGCUCACGGAGGGCGCCGGGCUCCUGCAGCCGCCCCCGGCGGGGCCCGCCCAGCCCGGCCUGACGCGCGUGGAGCCGCCGGAGCCCGACCCCGGUGCGGGCAGCUCUGCUGGCGGCUCCGCUGGCGGCCGGCGAGUCAGUGAGUACUUCAGGGGCAUCGACCAGAGCAUCCAGGACGCCGUGCAGGUGGAGGUGCAGCUGAACGCCGAGUACGGCGGGGAGGGGCUGGAGAGGCCCCCGCCCGAGGCAGGGAACCGGGACAAAGCCGGGAACGGCGCGGACUGCGGAAUCCAGUGGUGGAACGCCGUGUUCAUUAUGCUCCUGAUAGGAAUCGUCCUGCCAGUGUUUUAUAUCAUCUAUUUUAAAACACAAGGCCUGGUGGCCCACACCUCUAAUAUGACAAACUCAAAUGUUUCAUCGGCUGGAUAGGAAGGGAAAUUACCACAAGACUCAGUCAUAGGAAAAAAAGUCCUAAGGUGAAAGGGCAGUCCACUUCAGCCUCUCCAGCAGCAAUGCCCGUAUGCUCGUGACUGACUCAAGUGCACCCGAGGGGAUAUCACAAUACAGAUUAUUUUUAUUUUUAUAAGUAGCUGAUGAUGUAAUCCUGAAUUUGACUGAAAAUGAGGUGAUGUGAUUUUGAUAGAAAAACAAGGAUGCUUUGUUGCUUAAAGAGAUCAUCACCUAGGUGGCUUCAGAGUUGGGAACUCUGUUGAGGGAAAGUAUUUUGUAGCAAUUUAUUCAUUAUGGUUGCUUCAGGUAUUUCUUAAUGCCGCGUCUAGAAGCAAAUUCUUUGCUGCUGAGCUGGAGAGUGCAGUAUUAAUGUGGUUGGAAAGUUGGGGGUUGUUUGCAUUUUAAGGAAACACUUUUUGCUGGAAUAGAAGCGGGGGACGCUUUUUCUCAGAAGUGUCGUUUUUGUCUCUUGCAGACCAUGGUGGUUUUGGCCUGCUUGACCCUAAUGAUGCUUUCUGGAGCUCUGAGCUGGGUGUGCCAGGGCACGAUGGCGCUGCCAGCACCCCACCUUGUCACCCUCCUGAGCAAAUCUUUGAGCUGUGUUCAAUUGAGAUGCAUCAGGCCCAACCCUGGGAAGGGUGAGCCCAGAGCUCUUCCCCUCAGUGAAAUCCCUCAGAGAUCUCAGUGCAGGAUCUCUGCUGUCCCAGGGUGCUGCUCAGCCCUGCAGGGGUUGUUGGAUGAGGACAGGAGAGCACAAGAGAGGAGUCACAGGCACUUCUCAAGGGCUCAUUUGCUGGCAGGAGGUCUAGUCAGUAUUAUUUGCUAAAAAAUCUAAUAAUAGUCUAUAGUGGUGCUUCUCAGAGACCCAGGCUCAGUCGUGGAAUUACUUCCUUGUGUGCAGUCUGAGUGGGAGUGAGGUGGGAGCUGGGUGCAGGGUGCAAGGCCCAGGACAGGAGUCCAAGAAGGAAGAAGGGUGAAGCCUUUCUGGAGAGGACUGUGGCACUGCUGAUUGUGACAGUUUCUGUGAACUGACCACGUGCACUGAAAAGCUUCACAGGGCUGUGCUCUUCAGGGCAGCAAGGGAGGCCUUGGGAGAUUUGCUAAAGAGAAGAACUUGCCUCAGAAAUUUGAUUCAGCAAAUUCUGGGCCUGUGGGCAGAGGUGAAGGCUUUCCUGGAACCAGCCACUACAUGUGUGGGCAGGUUGGUGCUGAGGGUGAGGCCGGCGCUGGUGGGCAGGAGCAGGAAGCUCCUGUUCAUUGUCCCCACCUUGGCCAAGCCCCAUUUGCAGCUUCCCAGCUGCCAGCAGGACCACAGGGCUUUUCCAGCUUCCCCUGGCAGCCUGAGGCUGGCUGGGGCAGGGCAGGGGCUGGGGAGGGGCUGUGCUAGGAGCACCUGCUGUGCAGGUGUAGCCUCAGCCUGGCCUCAAGGACUGACUCUGUGCCUCUGUGCCUGUGCCUGGCACUGUCUGCCUCGACAGGGAGCAUCAAAGUGUCUCCAGCCAGUGAGGACCCCACACCACACAGGCACAACUGUGCUGCUACAGUGAGAACCUGCGUUCCCUGCAGCUCUCAAAAGUGGGAACCUGAUUUUAUAAAUGAACACGCCAAAGUAUCUCAUACUGAACAAAAUCUUGUAUUUUUCUUCUGUGAAGAGCUGUAUCUCCUUGUUCUGGGGAGGGGGUGGGACCAGGUUCUUAUAUUUUUAAAUAAAGCCACAUGAAAUAA